AUGAAGCUGAGCCCGUUGUGCUGGCCCCUGUCCUGCCUCCUUGUGCUGCUGCUCUGGCCUCUGGCCACUUCAGCAUCAACGACCCCUUGGCAGUGCCCACCCGGAGAGGAGCCCAACCUGGACCCGGGGCAGAGCACAUUAUGCAGGUCCUGCCCCCUGGGCACCUUCUCAGCCUCAUGGGGCUCCAGCCCGUGCCAGCCCCAUACCCGCUGCAGCCUUCAAAGGAGGCUGGAGGCCCAAGUGGGCACAGCGACUCAAGAUACAUUAUGUGGAAGAUGUCAGUCUGGGUGGUUUGGCCCUUUGGAGGUACCCCAUGUUCCAUGUCAGCUGUGUUCCUGGGCACCUCUGGGUACUCAUGGCUGUGACACGUGGGGGCGGCGGGCCCGACGUGGCGUGGAGGUGGCAGCAGGGGCCAGCGGCCGUGGGGAGACGCGGCAGCUUGGGAACGGCACGCGGGCGGGCGGCCCUGAGGAGACGGCUGCGCAGUACGCGGUUAUUGCCAUCGUGCCCGUCUUCUGCCUCAUGGGGCUGCUGGGCAUCCUAGUGUGUAACCUGCUCAAGCGGAAGGGCUACCACUGCACGGCCCACAAGGAGGUCGGGCCUGGCCCUGGAGGUGGAGGCAGCGGGAUCAACCCCGCCUACCGGGCUGAUGACGCCAAUGAAGAUACCAUAGGGGUCCUGGUGCGUCUGAUCACAGAGAAGAAAGAGAACGCGGCGGCCCUGGAGGAGCUGCUGAAAGAGUAUCACAGCAAACAGCUGGUGCAGACAAACUACCGGCCUGUGCCCAGGCUGCCACCGGCCCCCCCAAGAAUGCCACACAUCUGCCCACAUGGCCACCACCUCCACACUGUGCAGGGCCUGGCCUCACUCUCUGGCUCCUGCUGCUCCCGUUGUAGCCAGAAGAAGUGGCCUGAGGUGCUGCUGUCCCCUGAGGCUGCAGCUGCCACCACUCCUACUCCCAGCCUCCUCCCCAACUUGGCCAGGGCUCCCAAGGCAGGACGCCAGGGCGAGAUCACCAUCUUGUCUGUGGGCAGGUUCCGUGUGGCUCGAAUUCCCGAGCAGCGGGCAAGUUCAGCAGCAUCUGAGGUGAGGACCAUAACAGAGGCCACGCCUUCAGGGAGUGAUCCCCCCAACUCCCCACAACCUGGCCUCCCCCCUGAGCAGCGGGCACUGCUGGGAAGUGGUGGAAGCCAUACGAAGUGGCUGAAGCCCCCAGCAGAGAACAAGGCUGAGGAGAACCGCUAUGUGGUCCGGUUAAGUGAGAGCAACCUGGUCAUCUGA